CUUAAUUCAUGAGGAGACUCUUAUUAGUUUCUUUAAGUGCUUAUAUAUAGAGGCGAAAUCUCGCAGUUCAUACCAGCAAUCUCUUCCCGAAGUUGACUUUCCGAUCCAAGAGCGGCAAAGAAUCUCACAUAGCGGCGUAUUAUCCUUGCAAUAUUUUAACAUUUUAUUUAAAACAUGGCCGAUAAAAUUCCUACAGUUGUCGAGUCCGGCUUGUUGAACGGCGGCAAGCGUUAUGUCUUGGACUCUGAGCUCGGCCCCGGCUCCACUACAUUCCCCCAUUAUCACACCCUUUUCACAGAAAACUUCAAACUACUCUCUGGCUCCUUAUCCGUCGUUGUAGCGCCAGAGGGUGUCAAAAAAGCUGAUGCCAUGAAGAAGUACGAGUUGAAAGUUGGAGAGUCCAUAACGGUUCCGAAAUCCACAGCGCACACCUUUGUUGCGGGCGAAGAAGGCUGUCGAUGCCUGGUGACAUUCGAGCCUGCUGCAGUGGGCUUUGAGCGAGUUGGACUUAUUAUGCUUGGCCUUCAGGCAGACUCAGAAUACUCUUCAUGGAGUGGAGGUCCGACCGAAGCAAACGCGCUCAUGGUUUCCGUUCUUACUGAACUUACCGAUUCGCAUCCAUUGCUUGAAAAGGAUAAUGAAAUGCUGCAGAAACAGGAUAAGGAGGCUCAUGAAAGGUUCAAGAAGCAUCUGAUUGAGAAAUAUGCGACUGACGAUAUGAUUAAAGCGGUUGUAGCGAAGGUUACUGCAUCUGCUUAAGAUGAUAGCAGAUAAGAUUUAUAUACAUACGCCAAAGUCUAGGGCGUGUGGCGUGUGGGACAUUAAGCCAAUUGAAGGGCAAUAAAGACGGC